AUGAAAAACAUACAUUGUAUAAAAAUCAAGUGUGUGGCUUCGAAAGAUAGGUCGAAUUUUCUUUCCGCGUUCGAAGGAUAAACAGCAUAUUCUAAGGCCACCAUCGUCAGAAAAUCGACUAUGAAUCGAGUUGAACAAGACCCGAGACAAGGGCAUCCAGAAGGUGAUGUGCAGUCUGACACUGCAGCCCCUCCGUACCAGCAGGGGUACCCAUCCGAGCAACUACCACCACCGCCAGUUUCCUACCAAGCUCCGGUCGUGACGACUACAACCGGGACCAGCUUCGUGGUGGCUGCGCCCAUGACGGUCUACAGGGAAGCGCCAGUGACUCGGACAUGUCAGCACUGUCAAGCUCAUGUGACAUCUGCCGUCAGCUAUACGAAUGGCAUGAUGGUCUGGGUUAUCUGCGGUGUCUUGGCCUUCGUUGGAUUGUGGAUUGGCUGCUGCUUGAUCCCGUUCUGCCUGAACAGCUGCAAGAAUGUCGUCCACACAUGUCCUAACUGUCACCAGAUCAUGGGCAUCUACGACAGAUUAAAUGGCUAGACUAGAGGACCACAUGUUUUGUUUCACCGCAAAAGCCAUCCCCACCAUCAUCAGAUCUUCUAAUCCUCGAUGAAAAACACUUUCCCGUAAUCGUUUUUUGGGCAGUAGAGACCAAAGCCUUCCCCACCCGCUUUGGUUUUGGCCUAACUCACGGGUGUCAGUUGGGUGAGACAACUACAUCCAUUUCGGUAUCAAUUCCUUCAGCUAAUGCAUGUAACAAUUUGUACCGUCUGGAGACAUGUUUUUGGUUCAGUCAAUUCAAACUAUAGCUACCA